UGAUUUUAUGAAUAAUUUUCUGGACUCCAAAUCAGUUUUCGAGUUGACGUUCUCUAGUUCAGACCUCAGAAAAAAACCAAAAACCAAAAUCUUAAAAUGGCCAAGUUUGCUGUGAUCUUCCUUUUCUUCGCUCUGUUCGCCGUCGCCAUGGCUGCUAGCGUUCCCAAACAGGAGCCUAACCCAAUUGCUGAUGGAUUCCAGAAGGUUUUGGACGAUGCCGCUAAGUUCCUGAAUGAGAACUUCAAUGAGGCAAAGUUUGCUGAGUUCCAGAAGACUGUGCAGGAGACUGGCAAGCAGGUCCUUGAGGCUGUGAAGAAGGGUUCUCAAACCGUGAACGAUAACAUCCAGAAAGCCCAGGCUUAAAAUAAUAAAAACCAUGAAAUGAAUUAAAAAACGUAUUCAAAAAAUCAA